UGACUUUCGGACUGUGUGUGCAGAAUAGUAUAAAACAGUGAAUAAUGACUGGUCGUGGUAAAGGAGGCAAGGGAUUGGGAAAAGGUGGCGCCAAGCGUCAUCGCAAAGUGCUUCGUGAUAACAUCCAAGGUAUCACGAAGCCUGCUAUCCGCCGUUUGGCUCGUCGUGGCGGUGUGAAGCGCAUAUCUGGACUCAUAUACGAGGAAACGCGUGGUGUUCUGAAGGUUUUCUUGGAGAACGUAAUUCGUGAUGCCGUCACCUACACCGAACACGCUAAGAGAAAGACUGUUACAGCCAUGGAUGUUGUGUACGCUCUGAAGAGGCAAGGCCGCACCCUCUACGGAUUUGGCGCAUUGCCUGCCAACUCGAGAACUUCAGCGGCCAGAUAUUCCAUUACGGCUGCUAGUGGAAAGGCAGCCAAGAAGGCUGGCAAGGCUCAGAAGAAUAUCACCAAGACCGACAAGAAAAAGAAGCGCAAGAGGAAGGAGAGCUAUGCCAUCUACAUUUACAAGGUUCUCAAGCAGGUCCAUCCUGACACCGGCAUUUCAUCUAAGGCGAUGAGCAUCAUGAACAGCUUUGUAAAUGAUAUUUUCGAGCGCAUUGCUGCCGAGGCGUCUCGUCUGGCUCACUACAACAAGCGCUCGACCAUCACCAGUCGAGAAAUCCAAACGGCUGUUCGCCUGCUUCUGCCGGGAGAGUUGGCCAAGCAUGCUGUCAGUGAGGGAACCAAGGCUGUCACCAAAAUGACUGGUCGUGGUAAAGGAGGCAAGGGAUUGGGAAAAGGUGGCGCCAAGCGUCAUCGCAAAGUGCUUCGUGAUAACAUCCAAGGUAUCACGAAGCCUGCUAUCCGCCGUUUGGCUCGUCGUGGCGGUGUGAAGCGCAUAUCUGGACUCAUAUACGAGGAAACGCGUGGUGUUCUGAAGGUUUUCUUGGAGAACGUAAUUCGUGAUGCCGUCACCUACACCGAACACGCUAAGAGAAAGACUGUUACAGCCAUGGAUGUUGUGUACGCUCUGAAGAGGCAAGGCCGCACCCUCUACGGAUUUGGCGGUUAAACAAAAAGUC